AUGCCUGGCAUCCCUACAAGCGUCAUGUGCCAUAAACUUGAUAUAAAACCAGGCUACAAACCCGUGAAGCAAAAGCUGCGACAUCAAGGAAAAGAGCGGAUAGAGGCCGCCCGAGAGGAAGUGGAGAAAUUGCUAAGAGCGGGAUUCAUCAAAGAAUGCAAGUACUCUGACUGGCUCUCAAACGUCGUCCUUGUGAAAAAAGCAAACGGCAAGUGGAGGAUGUGCGUUGACUUGACGGACCUGAAUAAAGCCUGCCCCAAAGACGAUUAUCCUCUUCCUAAGAUAGAUCGUCUGGUUGAUUCCACGGCAGGCCUCGCUCUACUGAGUUUCAUGGAUGCAAACGCCGGCUACCAUCAGAUCCCUUUGGCCAUAGAAGACCAGCCACAUACGGCCUUCAUCACAAAUGCCGGAGUAUACUGUUACAAGGUUAUGCCCUUCAGGCUAAAGAAUGCUGGAGCUACCUACCAGAGAAUGUUCAAUAAGGUCUUCCAAUCUCAAAUAGGCCGAAAUUUGGAAGUAUACGUGGAUGAUAUGAUCACUAAAAGCAAACAAGCGUCCCAACAUGCCGCGGACUUACGCAAAACAUUCAACACCCUCCGGAAACAUCAAAUGAGACUCAACCCUAAAAAGUGCGUGUUUGGGGUCACCGGUGGGAAAUGCCUUGGUUUUCUCGUUGACAAAAGAGGAAUAGAAGCUAACCCUGAUAAGAUAAAGGCAAUCCGGGACGUGAAGUCCCCAAGAUCUGUAAAAGAAGUUCAAAAGCUAACAGGAUGCAUAGCUGCCUUGGGGAGGUUUUUGUCCAAAUCCGCUGAUAGAUGUUCACCCUUCUUCAAAACCCUUAAACAGAGCAAGUUUGAAUGGACAAAAGAGGCCGAGGAAUCCUUCCAGCAGUUGAAAGAGCAUUUGUCUUCUUUGCCGAAACUAGUCUCGCCAUACAACGGGGAGAAACUGGUCUUAUAUGUCUCGGUCUCCGAAUACUCCUUGUCAGGAGUAUUGAUCGCCGAAAAAGAGAGGAAGCAAUUCCCCAUAUACUAUGUGAGUCACGCCUUUCGAGGAUCUGAAGGAAACUACAGCAAAGUUGAAAAAGUCUUAUUUGCAAUCGUGAUGGCGAGCAGAAAACUGAAACCUUACUUCCAAUCCCACCAGAUCGUCGUCAGAUCCAGCCAACCCUUGAAAAAGAUUCUGGAAGGAAAGAAUAAAUCCAGCCGCGUCACGGAUUGGGCUAAUCAACUUGCGGAUUUCGGCAUCGAAUACGAACCACGAACGGCGAUCAAAGCACAAGCCUUGGCGAAUUUCAUCGCCGAAAGUACCGUCCCCCAACUUCUUGAGCCUAAUCAAGAAUGGAAGUUGUAUGUAGAUGGGUCCUCAACGCAAUCAGCAAGUGGGGCUGGUCUCCUCAUUGUGUCUUCCGCUGGGGUCCGUAUGGAAAGGGCGGUCAGAUUCGAGUUCGCGGCAUCCAACAAUGAGGCCAAAUACGAAGCAUUACUGAUGGGAUUGAAAAUCUGCUACGAGGCAGAAGCCAAAGUACUGUCCGCGUUUUCUGACUCCCAACUAAUAGUUGGACAAGUCAAUGGGGAAUUUGAAGCCAAAGAUGACAGCAUGAAAAUGUACUUACAGCAAGUAAAAGGAUUUGUUCAAAAAUUCGACAAGUUCACGUUGAUCCACAUCCCGAGAUCCCAAAAUGCACAGGCCGAUUCUCUGGCGAAACUCGCCAGCUCAGCAGAAACAUCCGCGGCUCGUGACAUCAUCUGGGAAGUGCUUCCAAACCCCAGUAUCAACCACAUGGUCAACACCAUUGACAGGUCAGAAACGUGGAUGGAACCCUACAUCGAAUUUUUGCAAAACCAGACGCUUCCCCAGGAUGAAAAUCAAGCAAAAGUGUUCCAGAGGAAGGCUAGAUGGUUCGAACUCUACGAGGGAACACUCUACAAAAAGUCAUACACUCAUCCCCUCUUAAAAUGUGUUUCCCCUGAAGAAGGAAAUUACAUCCUUCGCGAGAUACACGAAGGCGAAUGCGGUAUACAUCAGGGUGUACGAACUGUCAUUGGAAAAGUACUCCGAAGCGGAUAUUAUUGGCCUUCACUGCGUGAAGACGCGGAAAAAUUGAUCAAACGAUGUCCCGAAUGUCAGUACCACUCAAAGAUAGGAAGGAAGCCCUCAAAUUACUUGACCGUCAUGCAAGCCGUUCUGCCUUUCGACAAGUGGGGCAUGGAUCUCCUUGGCCCCUUUCCCCCCGCAAAGGGGCAACGGAUUUUUAUCAUUGUGGACAUUGAUUAUUUCACCAAGUAUGUAGAAGCAGAAGCCCUUAGCUCAAUCACAGACAACUCCGUAUCUCGGCCACAAACAAAUGGGCAAGUCGAAUCAGCAAACAAAGAGAUCCUGAACGGUAUCAAAAAGAAGAUAGAAGGACUUAAAGGUACUUGGGAUGAAGAACUACCCGGCAUCUUGUGGGCAAGCCGAACAACCGUCAAAGAAGCAACGGGGCAUACCCCACUCUCUCUGGUAUACGGAUCUGAAGCAAUGCUUCCAGUAGAGAUAGGCAUACCCUCCACAAGGGUCACCUACUACUCACACGACGAGAAUGAACAGAGAAAAAGGGAGAACCUGGAUCUUCUUCCAGAAACACGGGGGAACGCAUUAUUAAGGUCAAUGGCCCAAAAGCAAAAAAUGAUUCGCAGCUUCAACCGGCUCGUCAAAACCAAACAUAUUCAUGUGGGGGACUAUGUCCUACGCAAAGUCGAGGCCAUAGGGAAGAUCGUAGAGAAAGGAAAGCUUGGAGCCAACUGGGAUGGUCCGUUCAAAAUCGUCUGUAUCAUCAAGCCUGGAACAUUUGAACUAGAAGACAUGAAGGGAAAGAAGCUACCCCGCCCAUGGAAUGGAGAUCAUUUGAAAAAAUACUUCAUUUAA